AUUCUUCAUGCCAGGGACUGCUGUAGCCCCAGCACGGAUAAUAGCAGAGGACACCUGACCUGAGGUAAUAUCACAUUAUUAUAUGUUUUGAAAUGUAAUGUACUUGCAUUAUAUUGGCUUUAUUAUUAUAGAUUAUUAUCCUUUUGUAAUUUAUUUCAUAGAAUUGUAAUAUAACAUCUCUUCAUAAAGUCCUCAAUGUAUGUUGUAUGCACAUUAAUUUCACAUUCAAUUACAUUUUUCAGUCUUGUGCUUCAUAUGUUAUUGAUUUCUUCAUCUGCUAUGAUAUCUUGUCAAUAUUUUAUUCUCAAGUUAGCUCAUCUCUCACCCCAAACUGUUUGCAUAGUCAGUGUACUCAUAUGAAAUGAGAAUGUAUCCUUUUUUGCAGAUAAGCAAAUGGAUCAUCAGGAGCUAAAAGAACCCAUGAAGGUCUCACUCAUUAAAGGUAGCACAAACCCUCUCUUUAUUCUUAUUACAUGUAAUUGGACAGAGUGUAGUAACUGACCGGGAUCUGUUGGAUCAGUUCUGAUGUCUCUAACCAGUCACCUCCUAUUCUAUUACUGACUUGUGCAAGUCAUUCCAGACCUCAUUGCCGAGUGUGGAGGAAAGGGUCAAAGAGAGGGAGACUUUGUGAAGGAAAGACUGGGUGUGGAAACAGGACAUUUAAGAGCUCACAUUGCUAUAUAAGGCAUUGUGCUUAUGGCCACAGUUCUCUGGUUUCAAGUGGAAUCAAACCGUAAUCUGAAGGAGCCUCUAAUACAUUAGGGAUCAACUUAAAUGACUGUUAAAUGACAGUAUUGACAUUUAGGUUGACAGGAAUGACAACCUAUUCUAACAAGAGAAUAACAUUUGAGAGAGGACACUGGAGUAGCUUGUGUAUGUUCCUGAGGCAUGUCUGUGAGUGAAUCAAUUGUGCAUGAUCAAUUAAUUAGUAAUGCUACUAAUUAGUAAUGCUACGUAGGCUAUACAGAACACAUUGGCUAUUCACCAUAACAACAAUAACACAUUUUACCUUAGGGUUAUCAUUUUUCACAGUUUAUAGUGUAAAUCUCAUCAGAGCUUUAUAACGAAGUUAUCCUUUUAACAUACAAAUCAUUACACCUGCAGUAUAUUCUGUAGCUCCGUGUAGCUCAGUUGGUAGAGCAUGGCGCUUGCAACGCCAGGGUUGUGGGUUCGAUUCCCACGGGAGGCCAGUAUGAAAAAUGUAUGCACUCACUAACUGUGAGUCGCUCUGGAUAUGAGCGUCUGCUAAAUGAUGUAAAUGUAAUCCAAAGCAUCAGGCAUUUUUUUGUGAGUGUAAAUGUAUACAAAUACAGUACAGGUCAGGGAAUCAUGAUGACUCUGACUCAGUUUUGAAUGGCUGCCACUUUCAAUGGUAACAGGUUUAGACAUUAGGGAAGAUGGAGCAUGACAGCUAUACCCUUUAGCAUGAUGAGAUGUAAAAAUAGAAAAAGGGUUAGAAGGAUUCUCAUUAUGUUCAUUCUGUGGUGCCUAUGAGGCAAUAUAAUGGUCGACGAACCAGCAAGUAUGAGAGAUAUUUUUAGAUGCAGAAAGGAAUAUUCCAUGGUUGUGUUUUUUCAUCCGGCAUCAUUUGAUGACACCAAAUAUCCUAAGAAGUAAUGGCCGACCACGGUGUGUCAGUGAAGAUAAACCUUUAACAUAGGGGUGUCAAACAAAUGUUUCUCCGGGGGCCGCAUUUGGUUUUCAACGAGGUCCAGAGGGCCGCACUGAAAAUUUGUUAUAUUUCCUCGCUGUCAAAAUUUGCAUAAAAUAGUCCUUAACCGUUUUUUGAAUUUUCUAAGCUCCCUGACUGUCUAGCUUUCAUUUCGGUGAUUAUUAGCGAGCUGAACACAGUCAAGAAACGGUAUGGUAGGUCCAUUAUAAUUUCUACACAGUUUCGAUUUGGUUUUAGUUAUUUUAUAGUAUAUAGAGUUUUUUAUUAGUUUUUGUUGUUGCAAGGAAGGCCGUAUGUUUGACACCCCUGCUCUAAGACAUCCUGUCUCUAUUAGACACAUUCUCACACACACAGCCUCUCUCUCUUUCCCUCUCUCUUGCUAUCUCUCUCAGUUUCUCUCAUGCUCAUUUAGCUAUUUACAGACAUACACACACACGCACACACAAACACACUCUCUCUCUCAGAUAGAGGCCAGAGCAAUCCUCCCUGUCCUCACACACAGCAGGAGGUCAUGUGCCUGAGCGGGGGGGCGGGGGGGCGGGGGGGGGGGGGGGGGGGGGGGGGCACCAGCCUCCAGCAGACUCUAAACACUGCUUCGUUUAUGGACAUUUAUUAGCAUAACUAACAUCUCUGAUUAGUUCUCUGGUUUGAUGUCAAAGCUAAUAUUCCACAGCAACGUUUGCACGUGUGUAUUUAAAUGAGCUAGCGAGUGUGAGAGGUUGUGUGUGCAUGUCUGUUAUCUGAAACACCCAUAUUGUUAGUUUCUGCACUGAUACAGUGUCUGCCACAGUGAUGUCAUAGCCCUCUGAUAUCUCCAUUUAAGGUGCACAGGCUUUGAAACUGUGAGAGAUGUGAUUGUUUUGAGGGUACAUCACAGGGCUUGACUACUAUAAGUGCCCACUAAUAUAAGGGGACACCUAUAUGUGAGUUCAGAUGACAUUAUUAAUUAGUCUAUUUUUGGGAUGUAAUUAGUUUAUGUAAAAGUCCCAUUUUUGGUUGUCUUGGGAAAUUAUCUCACAUUUCAUCCAUGGCUAAAUUUAAUCUGUUGGCAGGGAGUGGGGAGGCAAAAAAGUCCAGAGAGUCAGACAUUCAGUCAAGUUUGACAUUAGCUUUGGAAUCUCGCAAAGGCCUAACAAGGGUCACAGAAAGUACCAGACCACAUGUUGAACUACACUGGCUAAUGUCAGUCAUCUAUACAUUUGUAAGAAUAUUUGUCCUCAUUUGCCCCUACUGUAUGUGCAUUCGGAAAGUAUUCAGACCCCUUGACUACAGCCUUAUUCUAAAAUUGAUUAAAUCGUUUUUUCCCCUCUUCAAUCUACACACAAUACCCAAUAAUGUGAAAACAAGGUUUUAGAAAUAAAAAACAGAAAUACCUUAUUUACAUAACUACUUUGCUAUGAGACUCGAAAUUGAGCUUAGGUGCAUCCUGUUUCCAUUGAUCAUCCUUGAGAUGUUUCUACAACUUGAUUGGAGUCCACCUGUAGUAAAUUCAAUUGAUUGGACAUGAUUUGGAAGGCACACACCUGGCUAUAUAAGGUCCCACAGUUGACAGUGCAUGUCAGAGCAAAAACCAAGCCAUGAGGUUGAAGGAAUUGUCUGUAGCUCCGAGACAGGAUUGUGUCGAGGCACAGAUCUGGGGAAGGGUACCAAAACAUAUCUGCAGCAUUGAAGGUCCCCAAGAACAUAGUGGCCUCCAUUGUUCUUAAAUGGAAGAAGUUUGGAACCAAGAUUGAACUCUUUGGCUUGAUUGCCAAGCGUCACAUAUGGAGGAAACCUUUCACCAUCCCUACAGUGAAGCAUGGUGUUGGCGCAUCAUGCUGUGGGGACGUUUUUCAGCAGCAGGGACUGGGAGACUAGUCAGGAUAGGGGGAACGGAGCAAAGUACAGCGAUAUCCUUGAUGAAAACCUGCUCCAGAGCGCUCAGGACCUCAGACUGGGGUGAAUGUUCUUCUUCCAACAGGACAACAACCCUAAGCACACAGCCAAGACAAUGCAGGAGUGGCUUCGGGACAAGUCUCUGAAUGUCCUUGAGUGGCCCAGCCAGAGCCCGGACUUGAACCUGAUCGAACAUCUCUGGAGAGACCUGAAAAUAGCUGUGCAGCGACGCUCCCCAUCCAACCUGACAGAGCUUGAGAGGAUCUGCAGAGAAGAAUGGGAGAAACUCCCCAAAUACAGGUGUGCCAAGCUUGUAGCGUCAUACCCAAGAAGACUUGAGGCUGUAAUCGCUGCCAAAGGUGCUUCAACAAAGUACUGAGUAAAGGGUCUGAAUACUUAUGUAAAUAUGAUAUUUCAGUUUUUUAUAUUUUAUACAUUUGCAAAAAAUUCUAAAAACCUGUUUUUGCUUUGUCAUUAUGGGGUAUUGUGUGUAGAUUGAUGAGGGAAAAAAAUAACAAUUUAAUCAAUUUUAGAAUAAGGCUGUAACGUAAAAUAUUUUGGGAAGAAGUCAAAUGCGCUGUAAGUGCAGCUCAACAGUCUCCACCCUGUCAUGUUGGUCUGUCCUCUGCCGAACACUGUAUUUACCUCCAUUCCUUUGCCAGAUGAGAUGAAUCGAUCCAACAUGGGAACAAGUGACUCAGAGAAGGUCAUCAAGCAUCUGAACGAGGAGCUUCAUGAGGCCCACGAGCUCUCCAACACAGGAAAACUGAAAUGCAUGGAACUACAAGGUAAUGGAAAAGCUUUGGGAAUGACACUCACACAACAGUGGAUUAUAAUAUAAUAAUAAUAUAUGCCAUUUAGCAGACGCUUUUAUCCAAAGCGACUUACAGUCAUUACCCAAUACUGUAUCAAGUAAAAGGCACAAGCACACACAACAGCUGCAGCAGUGAAUGUUCUCAGUUAGAGAAGUUAACUUAAUGUAUUAUUUGUGUCAUACAUUGCAGGUGUCCUGGAGGAGGAGAGGAGAGCCAACAAGCAGCAAGCUGACGAGUCUGCAAAACAGAUGAAACUCCUACACGGUAGCUAUGGGCCUUAGUGUGUGUGUUGUUUGUAGUAAGGAUCUUCCUUACUACAAUUAAUUUUGGGGUGUGUGAGAAAUGUGCAGGAAUGUGUGUGGGUAGAGCUGGGUUUUUGUUUGUAUGCGUGUCUGUUCAUGAAUCUAGGCAACUGUAUAUGUGGUUCAAGUUUGUGUGUAGUUGUGUUGUUGGUUCAGUCCUGUGAGAUAGAGAGAGCUUCACUGCACAAUACCCCCCCCCCCCCCCCCAUCACCCAUCAUGUGUAUCACCCUUCUGCACCCAGUUAAUGAAAUAACCCACGGCCGGCCCCCUCAUUAGGCGGCAACCUAUGGCGGCAGAUUGUCGAAGGCGGCAUUUUCUGAGCUGAACUGACCAAGACGCACCUCCAACUACACAUAAAACCCUCACGUAAUUCUACCCAAAAAUAAAGACAAUUUCUCUCAACUAGUGGCAUAUGGGCUUUUUAGGUGAGCGCUGAUGCCGCCCUUUGAUAAGCAGUGCCCACAGGCUAAGGCGCAAAAUAUUUUGCUUGUCCAUUCCCAGCAUGCCUCUCCAGGGUGCUGUUGGAAAGACGCAUCUCUGCAGUGCUCCACCAACGUUCUGUCAAAAUAAUUAUCUAACAUAAAUCAUGUAGCAGAUAUAGGAUAUGGUAGAAAGAAUAUGUGGCCUUUUCUGUAGCCUACAGGCUGGAGAUAAAAUGAAUGACAAUGUAAUGAGACAGACACUUUUUCCAUCAUACAGGUUUCUCCGAUCAAAUAGCCAAACCUAAAUGGCAAUCAAUCAAAUAAAAAAUGCGCUGACAUUUAACAAACAACAUAUCCUAAAAACAGGACAGGUCAAAGUAAAAUGGACAAUAUGGAAUGGACAAUCACAACUGUUGUCCAGGAGCUUCACCCCAUUGUCAUGAUCAGUGGUUUCAAGUUUGUAUCCGUCAAUUUUUGAGAAGCUGAUCAUAGUGUAAACACAUUGCAAAUAGGCUUGUGAUAACUCCUGAUAAAGUUGCGUAGCUGAUAUUCAGAGCUUAAAUAAUCAAUGCAAUGGUCUGUUUUACAAACGGUGGGCCUACCACAUGGAUGGGCAUUCACAUGGAUGGGCAUUUUUUGGUCUUGCCUAUGGUGGCAAAACGGCAAGGACCGGCCCUGAUAUAAAUUCCAUUGUGGGCUGACAUGGUAGGCUACACCCCAGUAAGCACGAGCUGACGUCUUUUGGAAGUCGUUUUUUGUGUGUUUUACAAACAGUAGGCUUACCUCAUAGAUGGGCAUUCAUAAAAUUCAAUUUCAGGCAACACUGUAGUCUACACCUUUUGGACGUCUUGUUUUGGUGCAGUUCCAGACUGGAUUUCCACAUCCACGGACAUUGGUCUUUGGUCUGGAUCAAAUCUGAACCAAUCAUAGACGUCUAUGUUUGGUUCAGAUUUUGUCCGGUCUGGACCAGCCUUGAUUUGGCCCAAACAUAAACGUCUAUAAAUGACAUAUUUUCAACUUUCAUUCAGAACCAAAAAUGAGCCUGAUUUCAACAUACGGAAAAUACAUAUUUUCAACAUCUGGAAAAUAAGUAUUUUCAACUUUCAUUCAGAACAGUUAUGGUGAUGAGGAUGUGACUAAAAAGGUGACCAGCGCUGUGGAUAGGGUGACUUCUGACUACCAAUCCGGUUCAUCCUCAGAUGAGGAUAGUGGCCUCAGGGAAACCCGUCCUCCCCCUACCUUCCUCCAAAAUCACCACACAUACCAGGUGAUCUACCCAGCUGCUCCUUUGUGGUGUCCUCCAGUGCCCAAGCAGAAGAAGAUGGGGCCCGGUAUAUAAUGGCCCUCCACAUCCUCCUCACUAUGGCUUCAGACCCCAAGGCAGACCCACCCAGCCCUUCAGACACAACAGCUGGGCUCUGCCUGGCCAGAGAGGGGGGCAUGGAUACUGGGGUGGCACUCCAGGCCUGGCUUACUGUUAGGGACCACUGUAGCAAGUGUUGACGUUAGUAUUAGCCUGUUCCAGGUGCCCAGGUUUCCUGAGCUGUUGAGCGUAACCACUAGAGCCAUCAUUCUCGUGAUGGCGCCGUAGAGGAUGGCUGCCGUUUUACAGCCCUCCAACCAAUUGUACUAUUAUGUGUGUUUUUUCGCGUUAUUUGUAAUUUAUUCUGUACAUAAUGGUUCUGCCAUCGUCUCUUAUAACCAAAAAGAGCUUCUGGAUAUCAGGACACCGAUUACUCACCUCGUAUUGGACAAAGAUUUUUUCUUCGACGAGUCGGACGCGAAGCAAAUCCUACAGACACCCGACAAGGCCCAAAUCCCUGUCAUUCGCAGGAGAAAGAGACAGAGAUAUUGUGGACGUAGGUCGGGGUGCCUUGUAAGGAUACGACGGCGAGCGAGUAAACUGCCUCUUCCAUCAAUCCUAAUAGCCAAUGUUCAAUCAUUUGAAACUAAAUUAGAUGACAACAGGUGGUGCACAAAAUCAAAUACUAAGGAAGUCUCAAGGUUUUGCUCACCUGAGGUAGAGUAUCUUAUGAUAAGCUGUAGACCACACUAUUUACCAAGAGAGUUUUCAUCUAUAUUUUUCAUAGCUGUCUAUUUACCACCACAAACCAAUGCUGGCAUUAAGAUUGCACUCAAUGAGCUCUAUGAGGCCAUAAGUAAACAGGAAAACGCUCAUCCAGAGGCAGCACUCCUAGUGGCUGGGGACUUUAAUGCAGGGAAACUUAAAUCCGUUCUACCUAAUUUCUACCAGCAUGUUAAAUGUGCAACCAGAGGAAAAAAAACUCUAGACCACCUUUACUCCACACACAGAGACGCAUACAAAGCUCUCCCUCGCCCUCCAUUUGGCAAAUCUGACCAUAACUCUGUCCUCCUGAUUCCUGCUUAUAAGCAAAAACUAAAGCAGGAAGCACCAGUGACUCGGUUAAUAAAAAAGUGGUCAGAUGACGCAGAUGCUAAGCUACAGGACUGUUUUGCUAGUUGACUGGAACAUGUUCCGGGAUUCUUCAGAUAGCAUUGAGGAGUACACCACAUCAGUCACUGGCUUCAUCAAUAAGUGCAUCGAUGAUGUCGUCCCCACAGUGACCGUACGUACAUACCCCAACCAGAAGCCAUGGAUUACAGGCAACAUCCGCACUGAGCUAAAGGGUAGAGCUGCCGCUUUCAAGGAGCGUGACUCUAACCCAAACGCUUAUAAGAAAUCCCGCUAUGCCCUCCGACGAACCAUCAAACAGGCAAAGAGUCAAUACAGGACUAAGAUUGAAUCAUACUACACCGGCUCUGACGCUCGUCGGAUGUGGCAGGGCAUGAAAACUAUUACAGACUACAAAGGGAAGCACAGCCGCGAGCUGCCCAGUGACACAAGCCUACCAAACGAGCUAAACCACUUCUGUGCUCGCUUCGAGGCAAGCAACACUGAAGUAUGCAUGAGAGCACCAGCUGUUCCGGAUGACUAUGUGAUCACGCUCUCCGUAUCCGAUGUGAGUAAGACUUUUAAUCAGGUCAACAUUUACAAGGCCGCAGGGCCAGAUGGAUUACAAGGACGUGUACUCCAAGCAUGUGCUGACCAACUGGCAAGUGUCUUCACUGACAUUUUCAACAUGUCCCUGACUGUAAUACCAACAUGUUUCAAGCAGACUACCAUAUUCCCCAUGCCCAAGGACACUAAGAUAACCUGCCUAAAUGACUACCGACCCGUAGCACUGACGUCUGUAGCCAUGAAGUGCUUUGAAAGGCUGGUCAUGGCUCACAUCAACACCAUUAUCCCAGAAACCCUAGACCCACUCCAAUUUGCAUACCGCCCCAACAGAUCCACAGAUGAUGCAAUCUCUAUUGCACUCCACACUCCCCUUUCCCACCUGGACAAGAGGAACACCUACGUGAGAAUGCUAUUCAUUGACUACAGCUCAGCGUUCAACACCAUAGUGCCCAUCACUAAGCUAAGGAUCCUGGGACUAAACACCUCCCUCUGCAACUGGAUCCUGGACUUCCUGACGGGCCGCCCCCAGGUGGUAAGGGUAGGUAACAACACAUCUGCCACGCUGAUCCUCAACACGGGGGACCCUCAGGGGUGUGUGCUCAGUCCCCUCCUGUACUCCCUGUUCACCCAUGACUGCAUGGCCAGGCACGACUCCAACACCAUCAUUAAGUUUGCCGAUAACACAACAGUGGUAGGCCUGAUCACCGACAACAAUGAGACAGCCUAUAGGGAGGAGGUCAGAGACCUGGCCGUGUGGUGCCAGGAUAACAACCUCUCCCUCAACGUGACCAAUACAAAGGAGAUGAUUGUGGACUACAGGAAAAAAAAGAGGACUGAGCACGCCCCCAUUCUCAUCGACGGGGCUGUAGUGGAACAAGUUGAGAGCUUCAAGUUCCUUGGUGUCGACAUCACCAACGAACUAUCAUGGUCCAAACACACCAUGGCAGUCAUGAAGGGGGCACGACAAAGCCUAUUCCCCCUCAGGAGACUGAAAAGAUUUGGCAUGGGUCCUCAGAUCCUCAAAAAGUUAUACAGCUGCACCAUCGAGAGCAUCCUGACUGGUUGCAUCACCGCCUGGUAUGGCAACUGCUCGGCCUCUGACCGCAAGGCACUACAGAGGGUAGUGCGUACGGCCCAGUACAUCACUGGAGCCAAGCUUCCUGCCAUCCAGGACCUCUAUACCAGGCGGUGUCAGAGGAAGGCCCUCAAAAUUGUCAAAGACUCCAGCCAUCCUAGUCAUAGACUGUUCUCUCUGCUACCGCACGGCAAGCGGUACCGGAGCGCCAACUCUAGGUCCAAAAGGCUUCUCAACAGCUUCUACCCCCAAGCCAUAAGACUUCUGAACAGCUAAUCAUGGCUACCCGGACUAUUUGCACUGCCCCCACCCCCCCACCCCAUAUUUUUACGCUGCUGCUACUCUGUGAAUUAUUUAUUCAUAGUCACUUUAACUCUACCCACAUGUACAGUGAGGGAAAAAAGUAUUUGAUCCCCUGCUGAUUUUGUCCGUUUGCCCACUGACAAAGACAUGAUCAGUCUAUAAUUUUAAUGGUAGGUUUAUUUGAACAGUGAGAGACAGAAUAUCAACAAAAAACUCCAGAGAAACCCAUGUCAAAAAUUUUAUCAAUUGAUUUGCAUUUUAAUGAGGGAAAUAAGUAUUUGACCCCUCUGCAAAACAUGACUUAGUACUUGGUGGCAAAACCCUUGUUGGCAAUCACAGAGGUCAGACGUUUCUUGUAGUUGGCCACCAGGUUUGCACACAUCUCAGGAGGGAUUUUGUCCCACUCCUCUUUGCAGAUCUUCUCCAAAUCAUUAAGGUUUCGAGGCUGACGUUUGGCAACUCGAAACUUCAGCUCCCUCCACAGAUUUUCUAUGGGAUUAAGGUCUGAAGACUGGCUAGGCCACUCCAGGACCUUAAUGUGCUUCUUCUUGAGCCACUCCUUUGUUGCCUUGGUCGUGUGUUUUGGGUCAUUGUCAUGCUGGAAUACCCAUCCAUGACCCAUUUUCAAUGCCCUGGCUGAGGGAAGGAGGUUCUCACCCAAGAUUUGACGGUACAUGGCCCCGUCCAUCGUCCCUUUGAUGCAGUGAAGUUGUCCUGUCCCCUUAGCAGAAAAACACCCCCAAAGCAUAAUGUUUCCACCUCCAUGUUUGACGGUGGGGAUGGUGUUCUUGGGGUCAUAGGCAGCAUUCCUCCUCCUCCAAACACGGCGAGUUGAGUUGAUGCCAAAGAGCUCGAUUUUGGUCUCAUCUGACCACAACACUUUCACCCAGUUCUCCUCUGAAUCAUUCAGAUGUUCAUUGGCAAACUUCAGACGGCCCUGUAUAUGUGCUUUCUUGAGCAGGGGGACCAUGCGGGCGCUGCAGGAUUUCAGUCCUUCACUGCGUAGUGUGUUACCAAUUGUUUUCUUGGUGACUAUGGUCCCAGCUGCCUUGAGAUCAUUGACAAGAUCCUCCCGUGUAGUUCAGGGCUGAUUCCUCACCGUUCUCAUGAUCAUUGCAACUCCACGAGGUGAGAUCUUGCAUGGAGCCCCAGGCCGAGGGAGAUUGACAGUUAUUUUGUUUCUUCCAUUUGCGAAUAAUCGCACCAACUGUUGUCACCUUCUCACCAAGCUGCUUGGCGAUGGUCUUGUAGCCCAUUCCAGCCUUGUGUAGGUCUACAAUCUUGUCCCUGACAUCCUUGGAGAGCUCUUUGGUCUUGGCCAUGGUGGAGAGUUUGGAAUCUGAUUGAUUGAUUGCUUCUGUGGACAGGUGUCUUUUAUACAGGUAACAAACUGAGAUUAGGAGCACUCCCUUUAAGAGUGUGCUCCUAAUCUCAGCUCGUUACCUGUAUAAAAGACACCUGGGAGCCAGAAAUCUUUCUGAUUGAGAGGGGGUCAAAUACUUAUUUCCCUCGUUAAAAUGCAAAUCAAUUUAUAAAAUGUUUGACAUGCGUUUUCUGGAUGUCUUUCACUGUUCAAAUAAACCUACCAUUAAAAUUAUAGACUGAUCAUUUCUUUGUCAGUGGGCAAACUUACAAAAUCAGCAGGGGAUCAAAUACUUUUUUCCCUCACUGUACAUAUUACCUCAACUAUCUCAACUAGCCGGUGCCCCCGCACAUUGACUCUGCACCGGUACCCCCCUGUGUAUAGCCUCCCUACUGUUAUUUUAUUUUACUUCUGCUCUUUUUUUCUCAAUACUUUUUUGUUGUUGUUGUUUUAUUUGACUUUUUUUAUAAAAAAAUUAAUGCAUUGUUGGUUAAGGGCUGUAAGUAAGCAUUUCACGGUAAUGUCUACACCUGUUGUAUUCGGCGCAUGUGGCAAAUAACAUUUUAUUUUAUUUGAUUUGAAGCAAUAGUUCAAGGGCGGCAGGUAGCCUAGCGGUUAAGAGCGUUGGGCCAGUAACUGAAUGGUUGUUGGUUUGAAUCCCGAGCCGACUAGGUGAGAAAUCUGUCGAUGUGCCUUUGAGCAAGGCACUUAACCCUAAUUGCUCCAGUAAGUCGCUCUGGAUAAGAGCAUCUGCAAAAAAAUGUAAACAGAAAAUUGACCUGAUUUCAAUGUCCCGAAAAUAUGUAUUUUUUUAUGUUUGGAAAAUAUGCCUUUUCAAUGUUCUGGAAAAUAUGUAUUUUAAACAUGGAAAAUACCUUUUCACCUUUCAUUCAGAACCUAAAUUGAACCUAACUUCAAUGUCUGGAAAUACGUAUUUUCAACGUCAUUUUGCUUACUGGGACCGAUCCUGAUAUAACCCUUCUCAUCCUUAAAAAUGUCCACUGUCUUCUGUGUGAACAGGCCAGCUGCGACAGCUACAGGACGAGCUGGGGGUCCUCAGAGAGCAGAAAGACAGCGCCUCCCUGAGUUCACAAGAUGAACUGCACAGAUCCCGAGAAGAAGUGAAGACGCUGCGUCGCGCCCUUGAUGCUGCCACCGCCGAUUGGAAGCGGGAGGUCUCUACAGUCCAGGGUAACCUAGCAACCGUCUCCAAGGAGAUGGAGAAGUGGCGACAGACAGCCAGCAAGUACGAGCGUGAGAUGAAAGGCCUGCAAGGUGACCUACAGCAGCAGAGCAAGCAGUGGCAGAAGGCUGCCGAGUCACAAGGUACUACAUAAACAGUGCAUAGAAAAUACAUAAAAAAUAUUGAUAUGCUGUACACACAAUGUUGAUCUGUAAUAAUGAGCAUUAUAUAUGUGAUUUAUAAAGCAUUUGUACAAAAAGUUGCUUCACAGUUGCAUUCAUGUGAAAGUAUGUCCACAUCAACUUAGUUUGGGCAGCUAAUCAGCCCAGAAUAGACAUUGACUAAAUAAUUUGACUGAAAGUAUCAAGGAGUUAACUGAAGCAGAAACAGACUAUCAACCACGCUGUGAUAUACUGCCAUGUCUGAGGGUCCCUAUGGUUUUCUACAGCAGGUGAACUGGAGUCUAUGCAGAGGGAGUGCACCAACCUCCAGAGGGAGGUGUCAUCCCUGCGCUCAGAGAAACAGGAAGUGCUGAAUAAACACCAGAAGGAGUGUGCUGCCCUCAGGGCGGAGAAGGAGGAACUGCUCAGGGCUCACCAGAAGGAGAAGGAGAACCUACAGAGUGAGAGUGCUGUCAUGCGCUCAGAGAAAGAGGCCAUGUUGAAGAAGCAAAAGGAGCUAGAGAAGGAUUUGGCCAGGUCAGUCAGUAGUCUGAAACACAACUGGCAAGAACAUCUGUGCAUAAACAUCAAACACUGAUUUGAUGGUGCACAACUCAACUCAAAAAUUAUCCCAGUAUGUCUCUGCCGCUCUCACACUCCCCCUUACUCUAAUCCCCUGUUAUCUUUGACUCUUUCUUUCGUGCGCACACACACACACACCGACACACACACACACACACACACACAUAUACACACACACACAUACACACACACACAAACUGGGAUAUGCUUAACACCCCGGCCAACCUACAAUCUAAACUAGAUGCCCUCAAUCUCAUACAAAUUAUCAACGAACCUACCAGGUACAACCCUAAAUCUGUAAACAUGGGCAUCUAGAUAUCAUCCUGACAAAUGUACCCUCUAAAUACACCUCCGCUGUCUUCAACCAGGAUCUCAGCGAUCACUGCCUUUUUGCCUGCGUCUGUAAUGGGUCCGCGGUCAAACGUCCACCCCUCAUCACUGUCAAACGCUCCCUAAAACACUUUAGCGAGCAGGCCUUUCUAAUUGACCUGGCCCGGGUAUCUUGGAUGGAUAUUGACCUCAUUCCGUCAGUAGAGGAUGCCUGGUUGUUCUUUAAAAGUGCUUUCCUCUCAAUCUUAAAUAAGCAUGCCCCAUUAAAAAAAUUCAGAACUAAGAACAGAUAUAGCCCCUGGUUCUCCUCAGACUUGACUGCCCUUGACCAGCACAAAAACAUCCUGUGGCGUACUGCAUUAGCAUCGAACAGCCCCCACGAUAUGCAACUUUUCAGGGAAGUCAGGAACCAAUAUACACAAUCAGUUAGGAAAGCAAAGGCUAGCUUUUUCAAACAGAAAUUUGCAUCCUGUAGCACUAACUCCAAAAAGUUUUGGGACACUGUAAAGUCCAUGGAAAAUAAGAGCACCUCCUCCCAACUGCCCACUGCACUGAGGCUAGGAAACACUGUCACCACCGAUAAAUCUACAAUAAUCGAGAAUUUCAACAAGCAUUUUGCUACGGCUGGCCAUGCUUUCCACCUGGCUACCACUACCCCGGCCACCAGCUCUGGACCCCUACAAAUCAGCUGGGCUAGACAAUCUGGACCCUUUCUUUCUAAAAUUAGCUGCCGAAAUUGUCGCAACCCCUAUUUCUACCCUGUUCAACCUCUCUUUCGUAACGUCUGAGAUCCCCAGAGAUUGGAAAGCUGCCGCGGUCAUCCCCCUCUUCAAACGGUGUGACACUCUAGAUCCAAACUGUUACAGACCUAUAUCCAUCCUGCCCUGCCUUUCGAAAGUAUUUGAAAGCCAAGUUAACAAACAGAUCACCGACCAUUUUGAAUCCCACCGUACCUUCUCCGCUAUGCAAUCCGGUUUCCGAGCUGGUCAUGGGUGCACCUCAGCCACGCUCAAGGUCCUAAACGAUAUUAUAACCGCGAUCGAUAAAAGACAGUACUGCGCAGCCGUCUUCAUCGACCUGGCCAAGGCUUUCGACUCUGUCAACCACCGCAUUCUUAUUGGCAGACUAAAUAGCCUUGGUUUCUCUAAUGACUGCCUCGCCUGGUUCACCAACUACUUCUCAGAUAGAGUUCAAUGUGUCAAAUCGGAGGGCCUGUUGUCUGGACCUCUGGCCGUCUCUAUGGGGGUGCCACAGGGUUCAAUUCUCGGGCCGACUCUAUUCUCUGUGUAUAUCAAUGAUGUUGCUCUUGCUGCUGGUGAAGCUCGGAUCCACCUCUAUGCAGACGACACCAUUUUGUAAACAUCUGGCCCUUCAUUGAACACUGUGUUAACAAACCUCCAAACGAGCUUCAACGCCAUACAACACCCCUUCCGCAGCCUCCAACUGCUCUUAAACACUAGUAAAACUAAAUGCAUGCUCUUCAACCGAACGCUGCUUGCACCCGCCCACCCGACUAGAAUCACUACUCUCGGCGGGUCUGACCUAGAGUAUGUGGACAACUACAAAUACCUAGGUGUCUGGUUAGACUGUAAACUCUCCUUCCAGACUCACAUUAAGCAUCUCCAAUCAAAAGUUAGAUCUAGAAUCGGCUUCCUAUUUCGCAACAAAGCCUCCUUCACUCAUGCUGCCAAACAUGCCCUCGUAAAACUGACUAUCCUACCGAUCCUUGACUUCGGCGAUGUCAUUUACAAAAUAGCCUCCAACACUCUACUCAGCAAAUUGGAUGUAGUCAAUCACAGUGCCAUCCGUUUUGUCACCAAAGCCCCAUAUACUACCCACCAUUGUGACCUUUACGCUCUUGUUGGCUGGCCCUCACUACAUAUUCGUCGCCAAACCCAUUGGCUCCAGGUCAUCUAUAAAUCACUGCUAGGCAAAUCCCCGUCUUACCUUAGCUCACUGGUCACCAUAGCAACACCCACCCGUAGUCUGCGCUCCAGCAGGUAUAUCUCACUGGUCAUCCCCAAAGCCAACACCUCCUUUGGCCGCCAUUCCUUCCAGUUCUCUGCUGCCAAUGACUGGAACGAACUGCAAAAAUCUCUGAAGCUGGAGACUCUUAUCUCCCUCACUAAAUUUAAGCGUCAGUUGUCAGAGCAGCUUACCGAUCACUGCACCUGUACACAGCCAUUUUGAAAUUAGCCCACCCAACUACCUCAUCUCCAUAUUGUUAUUUAUUUUGCUAAUUUGCACCGCAGUAUCUCUAUUUGCACAUCAUCUUUUGCACAUCUAUCAUUCCAGUGUUAAUACGAAAUUGUAACUAUUUUGCACUAUGGCCUAUUUAUUGCCUUACCUCCAUAACUUACUACAUUCGCACACACUGUAUAUAUAUUUUCUGUUUGUAUUUUUGACUUUAUGUUUUGUUUACCCCAUAUGUAACUCUGUGUUGUUGUUUUUAUCGCACUGCUUUGGUUUAUCUUGGCCAGGUCGCAGUUGUAAAUGAGAACUUGUUCUCAACUGGCUUACCUGGUUAAAUAAAGGUGAAAUAAAUAAAUAGAAAAAUAAAUAAAAUUAACAGACCAAUACAUUUGACAUUGAAAUGGUCACAAUUAGAAUACAUUGGGCUACAUAUCAUUCAUAUACAGUAACACUGUUCCUGACCUCUGUCUCUCUAUCUUUCUCCUUCUCUCUCGGUCUCUCUUCUUCUUCAUCUCUCUUUCUACCCCUCUCUCUCCCAGCUCAUGUGCCCAGAGUGCUGAGCUGAGCAGCAUUCUGAAGGCCCUGGAGCUCUCUCAGGGGGAGAUGGAGAAGAGGCUGGGGGCCCAGCAGGAGCAGCACCAGCAGGAUAACACCAAGCUUCAGAGCCAGCUGGACCAGUCAGACGGCCGCACCAAGGACCUGCAGAGAGAGGUGGGCACAGAGGAUGCGCACGCUGUCUUCCUCCCUUCCUUGAAGUAAUCCCUGAUCUAUGAUCUGACAUGACUGGAUAGGCUAUAAAAGCUACAGUAUAUAAUGGAACCCAGAAUGAUCACAAUCCUAUCUUGUUAGCCCAGUGGUCACUUCACGGAAGGGAGGAAGGAAGGAUGUAUGUUCAAAGUAUUUGAAGAGGGCCUGGACUUUUACAACCCCCAUUUUUAUCCAAUUUGAAACAGAAGCCUUACGGUUGCUCUAUGCAUGUUUUAUGAAUGCCCUGUAAUAUUUAUAACCUCUCUGUUUUCAGUACGAAGAGACCCGGACCGAGCUGUCAGACCUGAAGGAGAAGUUUGAGAGGACCGAGCAGGAAAAGCAGUCGAUCACUGAUGAGCUUGAGGAGUGUAAAGCUGACCUGAAAAUGCUGCGGGAGAAAGGAAACAAAGUGAGUUAUCCACUAUGAAGACUUUCCAUAUGAUACUGCCAGUAAGAAGAAGGGAUAUUGCAUGAAUCAUCUUCAACACGCAUACUGUAAAUAUAUACAGUACCAGUCAAAAGUUUGGAUACACCUAGUCAUUCCAGGAUUUUUCUUUAUUUUUACUAUUUUCUACAUUGAAGAAUAAUAGACAUCAAAACUAUGAAAUAACACAUAUGUAAUCAUGUAGUAACCAAAAAAGUGUUAAACAAAUCAAAAUAUAUUUUAGAUUUGAGAUUCUUCAAAGUAGCCACCCUUUGCCUUGAUGACAGCUUUGCACACUCAUGGCAUUCUUAAUGCGUUUGAGCCAAUCAGUUGUGUUGUGACAAGGUAGGGGUGUACAGAAGAUAGCCCUAUUUGGAAAAAAAAGACCAAGUCCAUAUUAUGGCAAGAACAACGCAAAUAAACAAAGAGAAAUGACAGUCCAUCAUUACUUUAAGACAUGAAGGUCAGUCAAUCCGGAAAAUGUCAAGAACUUUGAAAGUUUCUUCAAGUGCAGUCGCAAAAACCAUCAAGCGCUAUGAUGAAACUGGCUCUCAUGAGGACCGCCACAGGAAAGGAAGACCCAGAGUUACCUCUGCUGCUGAGGAUAAGUUAAUUAGAGUUAACUGCACCUCAGAUUGCAGCCCAAAUAAAUGCUUCACAGUGUUCAAGUAACACUGCGUGAAUCAGGCCUUCAUGGUCGAAUUGCUGCAAAGAAACCACUACUAAAGGACACCAAUAAGAGGAAGAGACUUGCUUGGGCCAAGAAACACGAGCAAUGGACAUUCGACGGGUGGAAAUCUGUCCUUUGGUCUGAUGAGUCCAAAUUUGAGAUUUUUGGUUCCAACCGCCGUGUCUUUGUGAGACGCAGAGUAGGUGAACGGAUUAUCUCUGCAUGUGUGGUUCCCACCUUGAAGCAUGGAGGAGAAGGUGUGAUGGUGUGGGGGUGCUUUGCUGGUGACACUGUCGGUGAUUUAUUUAGAAUUCAAGGCACACUUAACCAAGGAGAGGGAUGGAGUGCUGCAUCAGAUGACCUGGCCUCCACAAUCACCCGACCUCAACCCAAUUGAGAUGGUUUGGGAUGAGUUGGACCGCAGAGUGAAGGAAAAGCAGCCAACAAGUGCUCAGCAUAUGUGGGAACUCCUUCAAGACUGUUGGAAAAGCAUUCCAGGUGAAGCUGGUUGAAAAAAUGCCAAGAGUGUGUAAAGCUGUCAUCAAGCGAAGGUUGGCUACUUUGAAGAAUCUAAAAUCUAAAAUAUAUUUGAUUUGUUUAACACUUUUAUGGUUACUACAUGAUUCCACAUAUGUUAUUUCAUAGUUUUGAUGUCUUCACUAUUAUUCUACAAUGUAGAAAAUAGUAAAAAUAAAGAAAAACCCUUGAAUGAGUAGGUGUGUCCAAACUUUGACUGGUACUGUAUGUUUUAGAAAUGUUGGGUUGAAGUUGAAUUCAAAUGUUGAGUUGAGAUGAGUUCAGAUGAAAUUGACUUCAAGCAGCACCAGUAGCAGGCUACCCCUUCCUUUGAGUUUCAAGUUUCAAAGUUUCAGAAUUUAUUCGCCGCUUGCACAGGAUACAACAGGUGUAAAACAGUACAGUGAAAUUCUUACCUUGAGGGCUCUUUCCCAACAAUGCAGGGAUAAUAAUUAUAAUUAUAAUAAUAAUAUAGGUAAUAAUAGAAAAUAUAAUAAAAUAUAAAACCACACAAGAACUACGAUGUGAGUUAAGGAAACACGAGAAUGGGUUCUGCAUAUCCCACAAGAAUAGCAACUUCAGAGAGAUGGAGAGCAGAACACCUGAUACCAGUUCUGCGAAUGCUAUUCUCAGUUCCAUUCCACAUAGCAUUAGAAGGUUAGACUUUUUUUAAAGGAGAAAUAACCUCAGACACAAACAUGAAUCGUGGGAGGAAGGAUUCACCAGAGCAUUUCUAAUCACACCACACCUGCUCCCUCCGUCCUCCCUCCUCCCUACACGCUUGUCCCUUGACUGUUGCUUCUAGACUUAGACACGCUUGUAGUAUGUUAGAAUAUGGUCAGAGACAUAUUGUGUUGUGUAUUUUAUUUACCAAUAUCAAUAUGUGGUCCUCUGUAGCUCAGCUGGUAGAACACGGCGCUUGUAACUCCAAGGUAGUGGGUUCGAUCCCCGGGACCACCCAUACACACAAAAAAAAAUUGCUAAAUGGCAUAUUAUUAUUAAUAUACUGAGUGUACAAAACAUUAGGAACACUUUCCUAAUAUUGAGUUGCACCUCCUUUUGCCCUCAGAACAGCCUACCUUUGUCGGGGCAUGGACUCUACAAGGUGUCGAAAGCAUUCCACAGGGAUGCUGGCCCAUGUUGGCUCCAAUGCUUCCCACAGUUGUGUCAAGUUGGCUGGAUGUCCUUUGGGUGGGGGACCAUUCUUGAUACACACGGGAAACUGUUGAGCGUGAAAAACCCAGCAGCGUUGCAGUUCUUGACACACUCAAACCGGUAUGCCUGGCACCUACUACCAUACCCCAUUCAAAGGCACUUAAAUAUUUUGUCUUGCCCAUUCACCCUCUGAAUGGCACACAUACACAAUCCAUGUCUCAAGGCUUAAAAAUCCUUCUUUAACCUGUCUCCUCCCAUUCAUAUGCACUGAUUUGAAAUGAAUUUAACAAUUGACAUCGAUAAGGGAUCAUAGCUUUAACCUGGAUUCACCUGGUCAGUCAAUGUCAUGGAAAGAGCAGGUGUUCCUAAUGUUUAAUACACUCAGUAUAUUUGAUGAGUUGACCCCCUCUUCUGGGGUCAAAUUCACCCAUUCCCAAUGAUGUCUCUUUAUAUCCCUUCCCUCCUGUAGACCUCCCUAUUGCUGCCUGUCCAAGCCAUACUCAUCGGCCUUAUCCUGGCUUUGCUGUAUUGGUGCUUCGGCGCAUUGUGGUAGAAAGGUACACCGUACUCCUGUCCAGUCAACCCGGCCUACAUCUCGCAUCGUUUGUCUCUGUCAGCACACUGCAUGAAACAAAUCUAAAAUCUGUCUCGAAAUUGAAAAGUCUCUCUCAUUCCUCAGAAAUACUGAGGAAAAUACAGUGUUGUCUCCCCAUGACAGAACUAACAUUUCUAAUAUGACAUCUUCCCCUCUUGCCUGGAUCAUUAAUAUCUAACAAAUCUCUCUUUCUAUGGGCUGAUUUUUGUCUUGUCUUUAUCUAUGUUAACAUGUUGCUUUUAACCGUUAUUUUUCUCUGUGCAUUCCACGACAGCUUUGGCCAAUCAAGUGCUGUUAAAGGGCUAGAGCAGCCUGUCAGACAGAGCUGAGGUCAGUGUUUCAGUUUGUGUCACUUCCUAUUUCAGAGUGGAUGGAUCGUGUGGGUGCCUCACGCAGUUGCCGUGGUAGCGACUAUGACUGCUGCCGUGCUCUACGCCAGGACCUGAGUGUGAGACACACACACAUACACAUACACAC